AUGUUCACCGUCGAACAACAACAACAGCAAAUGUUCGCCACCGUCGCCAUGCCAUGCCCAUCGGCCCCAACCUACCUUCAAGCCAGCUUUGCUGCCCAACAACAGCUGGCUAACUUCUUGGCUUACCAACAAGCCAUAAACGCCCAUAUGCUGGCUACGAUGCAGCAACCAGCUUAUGGAAUGCCGCCCCUUGUUGCUCCGCAACUUAUGCAUCCCAGCCAAGCACAUUGGGGUCAAGCUGCUGUGCCCGACUGUUACACGACUCAAUGGAGUCUACAAGUAACCCAAAAUGAAGUUCUUCAAUGUGAACAGCCCCAAAUUGCCCCACCCUCAGUUCUGUGGACCCCGACGCCCAGCCCGGACAACGAGUUCAAAAACUUUUCGAAGCCGAAAAAAUUGAUUUCUCAACCCAAGCUCCGCGCAGCACCGGCUAAAAGAAGAAACGAAAAAAAAAUAGAACUUGAUGAUGAAGCCAUGGACCAUGUAGUUGAUCUGAUGGAUAGGUUGUUGGACGAUGGUGAAACACCGGCCAAAGUAUCCGGAUCAGCUGAGAAGUUCACGUAUCGUGAACAAAAAAACCAUCUCUUCUUCGAUCGUCACCAUAAGACGAUGAAGUCGACAACGCGAAAAAUGGAAAUACCAUUAUUAAAUGGUACAACCUUCAACACUAUGCCCAAAGCAGCGAUAUGGCCCAUGUAUGCCGUGAUGCCAGUAGAAAGCGACGCCCAAGAUUUGAACGAGAAGAUCAAUAAAAAAGCAAUCAAGAUGGAACGAUACUUCAGAAAUUAUAAAACGACAAUGUGCAACAAGGUGCAAAAAGGAGAGAAGUGCCUUCAUGAAGGCACUUGUUGCUUUGCCCAUAAUGAAGAAGAAAUAAGGGAUGCAGUAGAAAAUGUAAGUUGGAGUAUGAAAAGCAAAAACAGAAAAUUGUAA